AUCCCCCCCUCUCGAUUUCCCCCCCUUCCCCUUCCCCUCGUCGGCGUGACCCCCCCUCAUCUUUUGACCCCCCCUCCCUCUUUGCGAGGCAAAGUGGGAGCGCUGCGGCGGCCUGGAGCUCGACCCCGUGCUCGGCAGUGGAGCGGUCGUCCUGAUGGACGCGGAGUGGAUGGUGAGGCGAGCGCGCACUGGCGGCGUCCUCGAGCCGCGCCAGGCGUUGCCGCCGACGGCCUUCGUGCCCCACAGCGCCGUCACAGCCGCCGGUAAUGGUUUGUUGCACAUCGCGUGCAUAUCACACUGCUGGCUGCAGGCGAACCACCCGGAUCCACGCGGGCACAACCUGCGCAUCGUGGGCCAGGCCCUGCAGCUGCUGCUGGGCCAUUUCAGUGGCCGCUGGGGUGUAUUCAUGGACUUCUGCUGCAUCCAUCAAAACUGCAGGGACCGCGAGGGCGUUCCCCAGCAGCACACCUACCAGCGGCUCGAAGGCUCAGAUUCGUUCGAGGACGAUGCCCUCGGCCGCUUCGAGCUGGAGCAUGCGCUCUUCAAGGAGGCAUUGGGGAGCCUGGGGAGCUUCUACUCCCACCCCGCCACUGUCGUCUUCAUGCUGACGCGGUUUCCAGAUGAUUACGGCGAUGCUGCAAAGUACACCCGGUCGGGCAACACGGAGCAGUACUUCAACCGUGGCUGGUGCUUCUGCGAGUCCUCCUGGGGGAUGCUGACGAAGCCGUCUUACUUGCUCUUGGACCUCGGCCGAUGCACCGGAGCGGAGACCCUCUACCGGGAGUUGGCGGAGACCUGCCGCGCGGGGCGCCGGGCGCCCCUCCUGCCCGACGCCUUCGACGUGGAGCUGCAGAGCAAGGGCUUCACCAACGGCAAGGACGACCGGCCCCGGGUCGCCGAGCUCUACCGCUCCGCCUUCGCGCAGCGCUUCGAGGCCGCGGUGGCGCUGGACUACGGCGGGCUGCAGUGGGGGGACGAGGAGGCGCAGCAGCUGGCCGCCGUGCUCGCCUCGGGCGCCGCGCCCCGGCUGCGGACGCUCCUCCUCGCCUACAACCGCGUGGGCGACGAGGGCGCCGCGCGGCUGGCGGAGGCCCUGCGCGCCCCGGGCGCGCUGCCCCAGCUGCGGCAGCUCGACCUCGCCUACAACCGCGUCGGCGGGCCGGGCCGGGCGGCGCUGCGCGCCGCGUGGGCGGAGGCCGGGCGCCCGGAGUACGGCCUGUGGCUCGGCGACUGAGGAGGGCCGGGCGCGGCGCGGCGCGCGGCCGUCCGAGGCGCGCGGCGAGCGGGGCGUGCGCAGUAGGGUCAUCAGCUGCUGUCACUGCUGCUGGUACACGCCGAUCCUAUUUCAAGAAUCGAUAUGCUUUUGCUGUGGCUCGUUAUUCUCUGGGAGGGCCUGAACCCGAUCUACUUCAUCCGCCUUCCUACUUCAUGUUUUUACCCACUUCUUCCGACCGACGGGUAAUGAGCGUGGUGGGGGGUAUCACGGGAUUCUGGGGCGGGCCCAGGCUGCUGGGAAUUACUUGCCUGGGGGGGCAGGGUAUGCCGGGGCCUGCCAGCCAGGGCCUAAGGUCGUUUUCAACCUGUUCGGUGCAAGGUUGGACCACUGCCUUGAGUGAAUGACGUAGGAGCGCCCGUGCGCUGUGUCUGGUGCAUUGUCCACGACGGACCGCUGCACUUCCAAGUCUAUAAUGAUUCGGAUAUUUGUUUCUCGGCGCCUACCCUACAGAAUAUGCCGCAUCCAAUACUAGGAUUGCUUUCGACGCCUCGCCUCGCAGUAGCCUUCAUCACAAUUGCAGGCUGACCACGUGGCCUCAAGGUAGGCUGAGCUUGGUUCCAGAAGUAUUUUCCAUGUGCUCAUCUGUUUCCAUCCGUGCGAUGAGAGAAGUCGGUGUCGGUCGAGUAUCUCUCUCGACGCGUACCGAGCACGUCCGUCUUUUUGCCACAGGGGGAAGGAGACAGAGCUCGAAGGGCCAGCUUUCCCCAAAAAGUGAGUUGCAAUAACUUACAUUUUGGGGUCCACGCUGGUAAGCAUGUGUCCUUCACUCUCCUCCUGCCUCUCCAAGUUGAUGGCCUUGCACGUCAGCAGGCCGCUGACGGGAGCAUUAGUUCGCCAGCAAGGUCGAGGGAUCUUCGGCGCCAGCAGUGAGUGCGUCAAGCGUGUAAACUUGGACGCAUAUCUGCGGUAUUCGAGGUGCCGGCGUGUGGAAGACGCUCUCCGUUCGUCGUCGUCGUCGUCGUCGUCGCCGUCGCCGUUCCCCCCCUUUCCCCGGGCCCUCCCCCUCAAGCGCGCCAGCCAACGCGAAAUUCAGCAACGCCGUAGUUGAGUGGAAGGGGCGCCCACACCGUGUGGUGAGUCGGUGGGGCUUCGGGGUCCCCGCGCAGUUUUGGGACUCGAGGCCCUCUCCGAGGACGUCUCGGGCGACGGGGGCCUCCGGGGUCCCAAGAGACCGUGCGGCGACAGACCGUGCGCUGAGGCUUUUG